AUGAUGUCGGACCUCUCAGGUUCGCGCUCGCCGCUUCCUCCCCCUCCUCCCCCUCCGCCACAAAAGUACUCAAACCGCGCCGCCAAUGCCUUAGCUAGAUUUGCCCAACCUUUCUUCUCGGGCUCGCGACCACCCAGCCCGCAAAGCAGUCGCGCGGAUGGGACCCGGCCCAUCAGGUCCAAGUCACUUCCAGGAGAACCGCAGACCGUCACUCAUAAAACAGGUAUCGCCAUCGCUGCUUUGGACAUCUCGCCUGACCGGACACAUGCGGUCAUCGGAGGCAAGGAGAUUCUCAAAACCAUUCGGGUCUCGCCAGAUCACUCCUCGGAGGAGUUCAAUAUUCGCAAUGCGGUCAUUAGCUAUGCGUCCACCCACCAUAACGCGGGCGUCUCGAUGCCACACAAAGACCAAUUGAAUGUGAACGAUGUGAAGUGGUCACAUGGCAAUUAUGACCGGAUAAUCGCAACUGCAGUCGCCAAUGGUCGGAUUGUCGUUUACGACCUACAGCGGCCCGGCCUCCAAUUAUGUCGCUUCCAGGGACAUAAUCGUCAGGUUCACAAGCUUGCCUUUAACCCCCAUCUACCUUCCUGGCUGCUGUCUGGGAGCCAAGAUGGCACAAUUCGAAUGUGGGAUUUACGGUCCGCUUCUGCGAAUAGGGGAACUUCCACAUGCGGCAGUAAGCAUUCGUACCAGGGCAAUAGCGAUUCCAUCCGGGACGUCCGGUGGUCCCCCACCGAUGGAGUUGUCUUUGCGACCGCUUCAGACAGCGGCGCCAUCCAGAUGUGGGAUUAUCGCAAAGUGAAUGCCCCGCUGAUGAGAAUUGCCGCCCACGAUCGCCCAUGUUUCGCAGUCGACUGGCACCCGGAUGGGAAGCAUAUUGUCAGCGGUGGCACGGACCGCCAGGUCAAAGUCUGGGAUUUCUCUUCGUCUGCAGAGCGACGGCAGAAACCUGCGUUUCAGUUCCGAACCCCCCAGGCGGUCACUAAUGUGCGAUGGCGGCCUCCUUCCUGGGUUGGCGAGUCGCCUGCUUCCGGAGAAUGGCAAUCAUCCCAAGUCGUCACGUCUUACGACAAGGAGGAUCCACGCGUCCACCUCUGGGAUCUACGUCGUCCAUAUGUUCCAUUCCGCGAGUUUGAUCGGUAUGACGACCCCGCAACCGAUCUGCUCUGGCGCUCGAAAGAUCUACUGUGGACAGUGGGUGAGGCUGGGGCCUUCACGCAAACUGACGUUCGGUAUGCUCCAACUGUGGUCACUCGCCGACCGAUGUGCUCGGUGGCUUGGAGCCCCAAUGGUGAUUUUGUUGCAUUUGGUCAGCCACGGCCUAGGCGGCGUGCUCGAGGGGUCAAUGUUGCCGAGUUCCUUCACCUUGAAGAAGACGAGGAGGAUAGCAACGGGGAAAAAUCCCUGAGUCAAAGCCCUAUCGAUGAUAAUCUCGACGAGGCUGUUCUUGCUACUUCACUUCGUCAUGCCCAAUCCAAAUCCGCUGCUAUUCGACCAUCCAAGUCCCUGGGCAGCACUCCCCCCGGUGCGGUGGAUUUGAUUCCAGUGCUGCCCUUAGACCAAGGCUUGGCCAAAAUUAUGACCCCCGGGCCCUGCCAGGUCGGAACACUCGCCAACAUCCCAGGUGCUACCAAUGAUCCAGCAGUCUUUCGGUAUUUGGCAAGCCACUAUACUUCGUUGAUGGACGAGGGCCGUGACACAAAAUCCCAGACCGAGACUUUGAACUCUUUGAUUGCGUCAUUGGAUCACAAUGCUGAGUGUGCAGAUGAGCUUGCUCUUGAUAAAUUAGCCCAAACCUGGAGAAUCCUCAGGUAUGCCAUACUCCAAGAACUUCAACAAAGAACAAGAGAGCAACCGGCCAAGGGUUCCCUGAAAGACAGAACAUCUAAGGAUGGGUCCUUGACUGACAGGUCCCGCAUCGAAGAUGGCCGGCAGGAUAGAGUCAAAAGUCGGUUGUUUAAAGGUGUUAUGGAAGCGGUUCCCGAGACUGAAAGCACGUCUAACAUGACUACGCCGCUUGCGCAGCCGUUACCAGACUCUCCAAAAGACUCAUGGUCCAGUACUGAUUCCCAAAUUGCUUCCCAGCUCCCCUCUCUGAGCGAAGAUGCGAUCGACAUUGACCCUCUCCCGCCAUCUGUCCUGAGUGAUCAUAACGGCUGGGGUAUGUCUGGUUCUGAUACCCAUCGUAUACCCCUACCUCGUGGUCGGGUAUCAUCGAUGGAUGACACACAAGGGUCAGAUUAUCUCAGAGAUCCAACACAAGAGGAUUUGGACGGCGAUCAACGAUCUGCACCGCGAGCAAUCGCCGGAAAAGCAGAUUGGCGUCGUCGUGGACAUCCUGAAUUCCUCCGAGAAAGUUCCGCAGAUGAUUUUGAUCAAAACAUCGAAGACAAACGUGCGGCAAUUCGUGAUUACAAGCAUUAUCCCAAAAAGGUCCUGACUCUUGAAUCACCAAUGGAGUCUAAUAGACCCCCACCGGUUGAACGCUAUGGCCGACAUGAUUCUUCGGAGAGUUUCCCGAUGUUUUCCACAUCCACAGACAGCUCGCAUCCCUCGAAGUCUGCUGGCGCAUCAUAUUCAUCCACUGGACAGCUUGAUUCAUCUAAGUUCCAAGAUUCUGGGCAACCAGUCACGCGACCGGCUACCACGCUAAGGAGAGAGUCCAACCUGGCCUCUACGCGCGAAGAGCCAGAAGAUGAGAUGCUUGAUGAAGUGUCCAUGGAGAUGAGUCGACUUCAUCUGGAGCGCCCAUCCAGCCCUCCGCCCUUGAUCAAAGAGUCAACGCCACUCGAGGAGCAUGUAGAACACUUUCCCGCAGGUGGUGCUCCUUACGCGAGCACCAUGCCUUUGCCUUAUUCUACACUUGACGGCAUUUCCAGAGUUCAAAUUCCACUCUCAUCGGAUGGUACAGAUCUAAAGCCGUGGGGCAUUGAAGCUAUUCUGCAGGAGGCAGUUCGAUACUACCAUAGUAACAGUAGCUCCGUCGACAUACAGACUGCAGCUCAUAUCCUGCAAAAGCUCCACAUCCUGUUCCGAGACUGCGAGGAGAUUCUCCCCUAUGAGGAGUCGGAGAUGGUUUUCAAGACUUAUAAUGAGCACUUGAUUCGACACUCUAUGGAUCUCGAGGCAGCAGAACUCCGUUUGUCGUGCGUGUCGACAUACCCGGCCGUUUAUGAUUAUGCUCAGUCAGACUCCUUCAUCAAUGUUUACUGUUACACUUGCCAACGGCCCUUCGAGAACCCGACGCAAGACAACACGCGGUGUCACCGCUGCAACACCCCACAAGCAGCAUGUUCUAUCUGUAUGAGCCUUGACCCACCUCCGGAAUGGGUCACGGGCCAGCGACAGUCACACACCCUAUCAUCCACCCUCACCAGCCCUGAACCAGGACCCGAUGGCGAAACAAGCUUCUCAUCGCAGUCGUCAGUCCCCACCGAGCCAGUCCCAGCUUCAGAGAUCGAAGACCUCGACCCUUUCACCGCACCUCGACUUCAAGGCUCCGCUCUUUGGACCUGGUGCCAAGGCUGCGGCCACGGCGGCCAUCUAGCCUGUAUCACAACCUGGCUGGGCGACAUCUCAAUCAGCGAAGGCGGGUGUGCCACAGCUGGAUGCUCGCAUGACUGUGGGCCCGGUCCACGUCGCGAUUCGAACCGCCAAGCCCUGCAAGCUGAAUCCAAGCGUCGUGACUCUGCAAGUCGCUCUGCCGGCGCCGGUCUUGUCAAACGUGACCCGUGGACGAAGGGUGAAAGCAAAGCCGUCGAGAAGGUCCGCGGCAUGCUUGGUGUAGCUGGCGUGGCCGCCGCUUCCGGUGGUAGUGGUGCUGGCCCUAUCACUUCUACGAAUAACAACACCUCCUCUCCAGCGCCCGUUUCACCUGGCGCUAUGUCUCCCAAGCGCGUCCGCCUCGUUACGCCAAAUGAGCAGGAGGAGGAGCAGAACGAUGCCUUCGCGAGAAUGGUUGCUCCCUGA